UCAUUUAAAUCGGAAAGCAGAUGAGCAGGUACCCCUCCUGAGCGCUUUCGUAGCACCUGUUGUCCUGGACGAAGCAAUAGCGCAGUGAGUGUCUACUUAUCCUGGCUUCCCAUCCCAGAAACCCAGCAGGUCGUGGUACAGAAAUGAAAAGAGACGUUGAGGAAGAAGUGAAGGUCUCCUCUCCCGACUUGGAUAUUGAUAAUGGGUGUCGGGAAGUCUAAAAUAGACCCCUGCCCUCUCUCUCUGCCCUGGGGAAAAAGCCCUGGUGUAGAUAUGAGUCAGAGACCUCACGAGGCAGAGUCCAAGAAAUCCGAGGACAUCUCCCUACGCGCUAUUGCUGAGCGCAGCCCUGGCGCCCCGCUGCCCCCUGGAGAGCGGGAGGGCCCUGAGGCCACAGAAGAGGCGUCUGAAGGGGAAGAGGAGGAGGUAUUCCUCAAGUUUGUGAUACUGCACGCAGAAGACGACACGGAUGAAGCCCUCAGAGUCCAGAAUCUGCUGCAGAAUGAUUUCGGCAUCAGACCCGGAAUAAUCUUCGCCGAGAUGCCGUGCGGCAGGCAGCACCUACAGAACCUGGAUGACGCCGUCAACGGGUCCGCCUGGACCAUCUUACUGUUGACCGAGAACUUUUUAAGAGACACUUGGUGUAAGUUCCAGUUCUACACGUCCCUCAUGAACUCGGUGAACAGGAGGCACAAGUAUAACUCUGUCAUACCCCUGCGACCCCUGAAUAACCCCCUGCCCCGAGAAAGGACUCCCUUUGCUCUGCGCACCAUCAAUGCCCUGGAGGAGGAGAGCCGUGGCUUUCCUACCCAAGUGGAGAGGAUCUUCCAGGAGUCUGUGUAUAAGAUACAGCAAUCUAUAUGGAAAGAGACCAGAACUACCCUGUGAAGGCAAUCGAUCGCCUGAGAUGGACCCCCCUCCCCCUGCCCCCCAAGGCUGACUCUUGUUUUCUGCAACAGAUGAUUCGCCUUCCCUUGAGAAAUAAAAGAGAAUGUGGCUCUUCCAGAAACCUAGGGGCACCAAGAAAGCCAAGUUCGUACGGGACACUGCGCAGACUUGAGGUCUUCUGCAACGAUGUGUUGAUAAACCGGAGAUCAUCAGAGUUUGAAGAACGUUCCCAUCACGGUUCUCCUCAUUCGCGAAUAUCCCAGAAGAUUAGCCUUAAUUCACAUUCCUUGCAGCAGCCCUUCAACCCAGACUUACAGGGUAGACCUUAUCAAAAUACGGUAACACUAGUAUUUUGUUCUCCAAGGACACAUGGAAGAAGACAUCCCCGGGAGAUGUGAGUAUCCUCGCUCUUGAGGCACCUCCCAGAACUGUUGCAGCUGAGCGGUACUGGUAUGGCCACCCAGAAGGAUGGAGAGCCCCAGAGAACAUUCAGAAUGUUAAGUCAUGAUAAAUAGGAAAUUAAAAGCAGAUACGAGAAUGGUGGGGCUUUUUAAAAGAAUCCAAUCAGAUGUGUUUUUUCUCUCUGCUGGAAUAUGGGUAUUUGGAGACAGUGCCUGCUACUGAGUAGUAAUGCCAUUUGAUGGCAUCCUGGUUAGGGACUCCAGGGAACCUUGCCACCAUGUCCCCUGGAGUGUCCUUGACCAGAUGUUCUCCUUAAUCUCUCUUAAGGCAGCCUUUAAAACUUCCUGCCGGGGCGCCUGGGUGGCUUAGUCAGUUGAGCUCCCGACUUCAGCUCAGGUCAUGAUC